AUGGCGGAUCAGCUGACCGAUGAUCAGAUCUCUGAAUUCAAGGAAGCUUUCUCUCUCUUCGACAAGGAUGGCGACGGCUGCAUCACGACCAAGGAACUUGGAACUGUGAUGAGGUCCCUGGGGCAGAACCCGACAGAGGCUGAGCUGCAGGACAUGAUUAACGAGGUUGAUGCGGAUGGCAAUGGAACCAUAGAUUUCCCGGAGUUUCUGAAUCUGAUGGCCCGCAAGAUGAAGGACACUGACUCGGAGGAGGAGCUUAAGGAGGCAUUUCGCGUUUUCGACAAGGACCAGAACGGCUUCAUCUCUGCUGCUGAGCUCCGCCACGUCAUGACAAACCUCGGCGAGAAGCUCACAGAUGAAGAAGUUGACGAGAUGAUCCGCGAGGCUGAUGUGGAUGGUGAUGGCCAAAUCAACUAUGACGAGUUCGUGAAAGUCAUGAUGGCCAAGUGA